UGAUACUUGUGAGGUUUUUCACUUAUUGUGUUCAAAAAAAAAAAUUCUUAAGAACCCUUCAUGGGUUAUACCAUUGGAGAAUGUUUUUCUUAACAAGUUCCUAUAGAUUCUUAAACAGAAGUACUUCCCAAGUUACUGAAUGAUGUAUGUAAUUAGCAUUUUCACUUUCAUCUGGUGAACAACGUCUUAGGAUUCUUCAAUACCAUAAACUGCCUUUUUUUUUUAAUUAGAGAAGAUAAAGAUAAUUUCCUAUUUCUUUAAGAAGAAGGAAAUUGUCAAUUCCUAUUUGUUUUAGAACAGGAAAAAAGCCUGUUGUAUGGCUCAUCCUAUUUAAGUAUAAAAAUAGGGUAGAGGCAGAGAUUCAUAGUUUGAGAAGAAUAGCUUAGAGAUAGAUUCAUUCAAAGAGAGGGCUAAAGGGUUUUGGAGAGGAUAGAAAAUAGUUUCAAAAGAAAUACUUGUAAACGUAUUUUCUAUUAAUCAAAAGGUUGUUUUGAGAAAAUCCCUGAGUUAUUUGUCAACUCUUACCAGAAAAUAAGCCGUCGCUUUUUUCAUCUUCUCCAUGGGCGCCCGUGCUAGCAAAUCAUCCGGUAAGCGAAAGCCGGAUGAUGAUGAUUUGGAGACCAAACCGGUUCUCAAGAAACAAAAGGAAAAUUCCGACGAGAAGGAGGAGACAUUGACGGAAGGAGGACUUGCUGAUCCUAAUCUCCAGCACAAGUCUGAUGAUCAGGAGGCUAAUUUAUUUGGUGAGCGAAUUCUGGAAGAUGAUUUGGAGACCAAACCCAUGCUGAAGGAAACAUCCGAGGAGAAGGAGGAGGCACUAACGGAAGGACUUGGUGAUAGUCUCCAGCACAAGUCUGAUGAUCAGGAGGCUAAUUUAAUUCAGGAAGUUGCCAUAAGAAAAACAAAGACGCUCUUCGUUGCGCAUCUUACUCCCCAAACUAAAAUACCCCAUAUCAUCGAUUUCUUUAAAGAUGUUGGACAAGUUGUUGAUGUUCGACUUAUUGUUAACAAGAAGGGCAAGCCUGUCUUGGGCUUUGUUGACUUUGCUUCUGCUAACGAGGUAGAGAAGGCGUUGCAAACUAAAAAUGGUGAAUAUUUCCAGGGUCGCAAUAUUUUUCUUGACGUGGCUAAGCCUAAGAUGAAUCCAUUAUCUACACCAAAGUAUGAAGACAACCUUCUACGAGAACCUAUUCUGAGGCAACAGGAGGAAAAAUCCGACGUGAUCAGAUUCUGCGGUAAGAAGACUACCUUCUCUUACGACGACGACUGAUAGAAGAAGAUGAAGCUCUUUGGUGUUUUUAACUUUCGAUACAUUGUAACUUGUUUAUCUUACUUACUUCGGUUUUUCUUAUGUUCUAGUUAAGUUUGUCUAAACGUACGUUAAACAAUGCUUAAUUUUUGAUGGUUUGGUAAUUGGAAUUAACUCUUUA